AUGACUUUACUAUUGAACUCCAGGCAGGAACUUUUAAAAUGUCUGGACACACAGCUGAGUGAGGACCUCCAGCUGCAGCAGAGCUUUUCAGCAGAAAGUCCAAAACCGAUUAAAAGACUGACCAGGCCCUACAGCCAGAGGGUGUCCACUUCAGAUAAUGGUAAAAAUGACGGUGAGUCUCGUGUGGCUGACAGCCCUCAGUAUGACGUCAUGUCUGUUGAUAGACGAGAGAGGAUUACGUCAUCUGUCUUUAAGAGCCAUCAUCCAUCUCAGCCAGCUCAACCUCCUGAUGAUGUCAGAAGCAUUAACCCUCCAACCAAGCCUGUCAAACCUCCUCAUCGUGCUAGGAAGAAGUACGGAAAGUUCUCCGUGUUGCAUCCUGUCAGGGAGAUGAUUACGCUAAUGCCAGAGUCUUCCACUAAAGGCCUGGUUGACCCAGUCGUCAUGACCCUUUAUAAGAAGUUCAGGGCCCAGCGUCUGGACUACGGCCCAGUCAUCCCACCACAUCCACCUCCAUCCACCCUUCUUCCCUCCGACUCAGGUGUGUUUUCUGACAGCAGACGCUCAUCCAGCCUGGUGCAGCUGCCCCCUGCCGCUCGGCCUAAACUUCUCCACUUAGAGCCCGUCAAAGGCCAAGGAGAUCCAAAUUGGAGGGACAAUCUGUAUCAGCUCACCUCUAUAUAUGGUUUCCGCUCUCAAAAAGCAAGUAAACUGGCCACUCUGGUCAAAGUUCAUGAGCCUGAGUCUAGGCCAGAUUGUCCAUCUUUCAAACUCCCACCGAUUCACUCCAGCCUGCUGUCUUUGGGCCAAAGAGUGGUGGAGAAAGUUCAAGUAAAAGAAACUGGCGCUUCACAGUUCCAUCAAGUCAUGCCACUUCCCUGGCAGCUCAAUAUCCACACACUGGACAUUGCUGGAGAGAGCCAGUAUGGCAGACUGAAUAUAGACUGGAGGGCGAGGCCCUUGGACAGCCCUGGAGUGAAGCUGCCACCCAUCAGAUCCAAAAAUAACUCCACCUCUGGUGCCACAAGGGGGCAGUGUUAGCUGAGGUUUCAUUUCUUUUUUGCCACACAUUUUUGCUAUUGAUAUGUGUAAAUGGUCAACUUUCACCUGACUGUAGCAAUAAAGGUUAUAUUGUAAUGGCUGGUUAAUUUCUUACUGAAUAGUUCUUGUUGAAUAGGCAGCUAUGUUUGAUGUGCACUGGAGGGAAAGGCAAAAUAAUGUUAUAUAAGAAAUUAAUGAUGUACUAAAACAUAAUUUCUAAUUGAAUAAAAUAUACGACAUCAGUACAAUAUUUUGCCAAAAGUAUGUAAACUGAAAGACAACAAUGGGUUAAUUUGCUUUAUUCAUGAGAGAAUUUAUGCCAAAAUCAAUCAUGUAUUCACCGCAUCACAUUUUUAAUGAAGUAUAAUGCUCAGUACUGUCACUGGGUUCUGUAUGCGUGUGUAUAUGUUCCAGUGGAACUGCAUCAUCAA